AGCAGGCUUUCAAUUAAAUCUCCUACAUCGAAUCUGACAUUGAAGCUCACAAUGUCGGGUUUUGGGGAAAUUCUGAAAGUCAUCGGCGAGUUUGGAGCGUUUCAGAAAUAUUUGAUCCUGUUACUUUGCAUCCCGAGCUUCUUAACUCCUUUCCAUAUGUUUGGCCAGAUUUUUGUCAGUAUUGAGGUGCCUCACCAUUGUAAUACUAGUUGGAUCCGGGCAAUUAGCCCCAAUCUAACUAUUGAAGAGGAGCUGAAUCUGACCAUUCCCAGAAAACCUGAUGAUUCUCUGGAGGAAUGUUCUAGAUUCACUCCAGUAGAUUUGGACAUCCAAUCGAUCAGAAAAUAUGGCCUCAAUUCCACCCAGGGCUGUGAACAGGGAUGGGUGUAUCCAACCACAAAAGUUCCAACACUCGUUACCGAGUUUGAUCUGGUCUGCGAACGAAGAUACUUAAAUGACAUCGCCCAAACCAUUUUCAUGGGUGGCCUUUUGGCUGGAUCACUGAUCUUCGGCUCACUGAGUGACAGGGUUGGAAGUCAAAUGUCCAUUCUAGUUGCCUUGUUCAUAAUAGGAUUCAUCGGCACGGGUGUAAGUCUGGCUGAGCACUUCUACAUGUAUAUUGCCCUGAGAUUUAUCGUGGGAACAGCUCUGGCUGGUAUUAACAUCAGCGUGGCGACUUUGAGUUCAGAGUGGGUUGGCCCGGCUUACCGUCCACAGGCACUGAUCACCAUCCAUUGUGCCAAUGCGGUGGGUCAGAUGGCUCUAGCUGGCAUGGCAUAUUAUAUCCGUGAUUGGCGUCUGUUUCAGAUCAUGUCCUCUGGCCCUGCCUUUCUCAUAUUUUUCUAUGCAUGGGUCCUUCCAAGCUCUGCCCGAUGGCUGAUAACCAAAGAGAGAAUAAACGAAGCGAAAAAUGUAAUUCGAAGAGCAGCUGAAAUCAACAAACGAACUGUGUCGGAUGCUGUCCUUAAUCGGUUGGCUCCGGAAAGCACAGUGCCACGUCGAUACCUCCUGGACUUUUUUAGACAAUCGUACCUGAGGAACAAGACUUUGAUCAUGGCUUGGAUGUGGUUUGUGGACAGUUUGGUGUAUUACGAAGUGAGUCUCCAUGUUGGGGAUUUCGGAUUGAACAUCUACUUGACCCAAUUCAUCUUCGGACUCGUGGAAAUCCCAUCUCGCAUCCUCUCCAUUUUUCUGCUGGAAUGGAUCGGAAGGAAGAAGUGUCAGUCUAUUUGGUUCACCCUGGGCGGAAUCGUGUGUAUUAUCAUCUGCGUGAUUCCCAAAGAAUUUCCUCUGAUUGUGUCUGUGUUAGCCAUAAUUGGAAAAUCUGCCAUGGCUGCCUCCUUUUCGACCACCUAUCUGUUUUCUGCUGAAUUAUUUCCCACCGUUGUAAGACAAUUCGGACUUGGCUUGUGUUCCAUGUCUGCUCGUGUCGCGGGCAUCCUUGCACCACUGCUUGGCAUGUUGGCCACCUACCACCUUGCUAUUCCUAUGUUCAUCUGUGGAAGUUCAUCUCUGGUUGCUGGUAUCUUGUGCUGUUUCCUUCCUGAGACACGCAACAAAGACCUUCUGGAUGUGAGCCCUGAGCUUGAAGCCCCAGCAACUCGGGAGAUCGUGGCGAUUUACCAUAUUGAACGUGAUCUGGAAACCAUUCCAGAAGAAGAGGAAAUCGUGGAUGAACGAUUUGUCAGGAAAAGUUAUGUGUAG